AUGCCAGUGAUUUUAAAGUAUCUUCGGGGCGUUGUUACGUUGCAAGUUGAGCUUGUUUUAGCGGUGUACAACUCUCAGGCAAGACGUGAUAGGUUCGUUCGGCCCCAUGGCGGGGUCGGGCGGGCAUCUCGGCAUCAGGCGUCUGUUAAUGUGAGGUUUACUUUCAAGGUUGCCGCCUCCGGUCCCUCACAGCUAAACAGCUAUGGCAGCAACUAUCUGUCGCCGUUCUCCCCAUUUGGCAUUGGCUGUAGUGGUGCGACGAACAGCGGUGGCGGCAGUGGUGGCAGUCAGCAGCGGUCCAGCUUCUACAACCCGCAGAGUCGCUCGGUGACCCCGAACCCCUGUGUUCAUCAGUCCGCGUCGUCGUCCAGCUUCGCCAACUAUUUCCCUGCUCAGCUUAUCCAGCAGCAGCAGCAGGCGAGUUCCGGAGGCGGAGGAAGUUCGGGCGGAGGUGUAUCGAGGAAUAUUUUUCCUAGUUCACUUCUGAACGGCGUAGAGUCGCCAGCGACUCUGCAGCAGCAGGGUUCCCUCGGCAGGUCCAGUUCCACGGUCAAUUAUUUCUCCCAGAACAGUGCAAAUAACUUUCCGUACGGCGGGGCACCCGGUCGAGGAUCAGCGGUUAGUGGCCAGCAGCAGCAGCAACAACAGUCAGCUGGUUCCAACUACAACGGUCUUUAUUCUUCGGCAAAUGCUGUGAUUAUCCUCGUCGAAAUCCGAGUGGUGCGGAUAUGCGCCGUAGGCCUUCGUCAUUUCUCCUUCACCAUCGUGCCGACGUUGCCUUAA